GUUUGCAAAAUAAGGGUUUGGGUCUGUCGUUUGUGUCGGUGAUGAUUCUAAGAUAAAUUCUGCUGUAAAAUUAGUUAUUCAAUUAACUGCAGCUGGGUUAAGAGGCCGUCGUUUCCUGUGUAUUCUGAAUAUCGUGAUUUGUCAUCGCAAAAAGAGAUCAGGCUUUGUUCAGCACAUAAUUACAUUUCUGUGGCAGCUUUUGUUUUUGCUGUCGACUUUUUUUUCCCAAAAUGCUCCGUACAAGCGUAAAUUUUGUCAUUAUCUCUGAUUGGUUUUAACCACAAUCAUCAAACCAUUCUGAUCACACCAACCAUCAUUGCAAUUGUGAACACUCUAGCUCAGUGCUAAGUUAGCGAACGCUGCCGACAUCCACUUAUUUAAGUUGUCAUUAGUACCUGCAAUAAGUUAGCUUGAGGUAAUCAUGCCCUUCGCAGGCUGUAGAUCAAUCGACUAUCCCUACCCCGCUAGUGAGAUCUAUCGACUAUCCCCACCCCGCUAGUGAGUAUAAAUUCCAAGUUCCAAGUCGUUAUCUGCGAUGAACGUCAUCAUGACGCCAAACAUUAUAGGUCAUAGCCGCAGCAGACCUCGAAUUAUUUGAGGGGGUGGGUACGAUACAGACGCCCCAACUGGUCAUAUCCUUAUAAUUUUUGAAAAUAUUGGCUCACUCAUUCUUAGUUAACGGGUACCAUUGGUGUCACACGUAUAUAUAGCUCUACAUUUUGUAUUUAGGCGCAAUUUCUUGAGAGAUGUGUGAUUUUGCGAAGAGUUUGGGUCUAUGGGAGAUUUUGUUUUAAGUUUUCUGUGUAAAAAGUUCGACAUAUUACAAAAUAUUGACCUCUGAACAUGUAACGCUAUACGAAAACCAUAUGUCACAAGAAUAAAAAACAAAGUUUAAACCGAAAACUUGAGAUGUUCUGCCUGUAGUUGCUGCCUAAAUUGUGUCACAAUUUGGAGAUACAUGUUUCAGGACUCACCUAAAUUAAAGUUACGGUUGUCGUUGUUGGUUUGCUCAACACACUGGACCGUGAUCCAAGUGUCACGUGGAUUUGGGUCAUUUACGUUACCAGGCACAAAAAAUCGAAAUAUAAUUUCUUGUAUAUCCGUACAGAAGCCCUGAAACAUAUUUAUAACAACUUUAAGGCUCAAAGACCCAAACCAAUAUUAAGAACUGUUCAUAAAAAUCAAAGUGUUCAAGAAAUCAUCACUUCAUGCCAGCUAAUUGGCAAUAAUUUUACUGCACUGUCACUUACGUUACUCAAUCUAGGUCACAACUGCCAAGCUUUAAGACCUUAGGAGGUCUUGUUAGCAGUGUCACAUUGCAGAGCGACCUUAGUAAUAUCUUAAAGAAAAAUAAUAAUCUAAUUUGGUUGAAACGUGAAGAGACAGUAGCUUGACAAAUGCUAGUGUCACAUUACGUUACCGUAACGUAAAUGACAAUAGAAUUUACGUACUAUCGUCUAAUGGGGCGCACGUGCACACACACUAGCGAGAUAAGGAUAAUUUGUAUAGGAUUAAAUUGCCAAGAUAUCUAACGUUUUAGUUAAAGCCCAACAAGCUGUAAUACAAGUAUUUCCUUCGAUGACCUUCGCGGUAGAAGUAUCAACUCUAUCUUCACUUUUAAACUCAAUUUGGUUUUCACUUCUCGAAAAGCAGAAUUAAGCAUUCAAAAUGGGAAAAUCAAGAGCAGAGAUUCAACGCGCCUACAGAGAACGAAAAAAAGGGAAAGAUUCAAAUUGGCAACAAAAUGAGUCAAUCCGAGUGCAAAAAUACUACACACCAGCAUCCAAACACCGGCGUUUGAAAAGCAACCUCAAAGCUGGGCAUGUUGUAAUUCAAAUGGACUUUGCCGAGAAUUACAACUGCCAGUCUUGCGAGGAAGUGCAAAGUGCUCACUGGAAUGGCCCCACUAUGGUCUCCCUACAUCCAGUAGUGGUAUAUUACAAGGCAGAAGGCAAAGACGACCUAAAGCACAAGAGCUUUGCCUUUGUUUCGGAAGAGCUCUCGCAUAAUGCAACUGCCGUGUAUGCCAUCUUGGGGAGACUGAAUCAAGACCUGAAGGAUCUUGUCCCUGACCUGGCCAUUGUACACUAUUGGACGGAUAGUCCCACAUCACAAUACAGAAACAAGACAAUCUUCGCCAUAGUCGCGAACCACAAGGAAGAGUUCGUAGUCCCAGUAAGAUGGAACUAUUUUGAAGCGGGGCACGGAAAAGGUCCCUGUGAUGGUGUCGGGGGAGCUGCCAAGCGGAUGGCUGACGAGGCGGUGCGGUCAGGCAAAGUCGUUAUUGACGAUGCACACAGCUUCUUUGUUUGGGCCACCGAAUAUCAAAGUAGUGUGACCUACAUUUACUACUCAACAGAUGACUUGAAAAUGGCAUCAGCAAGGCUGGACAAGUACAAUGGCACACAGACUGUCCAUGGCACAAUGUCAAUGCAUGCCAUAUGCGCAGUGGACAGACACACCGUUCUCACUCGUGUCACCUCGUGUUACUGUCCCGACUGCCUUUCCAGCCCAAAGGAUAGCCAUUGUGCAUGGGAAGCCGCCAUGCUCACUCCACCCAGUGCGUUGAGUCUACGCAAUGAGCUCGCUCUAAAGGUUGACGACUUUGUCGCUGCCGCUUACGAAGGGGACUGGUAUGUUGGCAAAGUACAGCAGAUCGACCAGGAGGACGGCGAAGCUCUCGUGACUUUUAUGUCACGUAGUGGCACUACCCUUCAAUCUUUCAGCUUCACAUGGCCUGCCCGCGAAUAUGUUAUUUGGAUCAAGAGGGACAUGAUCUUAUGUGUCAUCGAGCCGCCCGCCCGAAGUAGUAAAACGGAAACUGGAGCUCGUUGAGGCACGCUUCCGCCUACCUUAAUGUCAUUUACGUUACCGUUUUUUAUAGAGGUUUUAGAAAAACGAUGGUUCAAAUCGAAGUACCAAAUAUCAAAUUAAAAUCACCUGUAAGUAGAACCAAGUAUUUUCAUAUAUAUAUAUAUUUACAGUUAAGCGCUUGAAAGCAUUUCAACGAUUCUUUUUGUUUGGAUGUGAAAACUGUCAUUUACGUUACUAGUAGCAAAAGUUUAAGAAAUUAUGAAUAUGACCAAGUUAUUGUUCAGAACCUUUAAUGAUAACUAAAAGGCGAAAAUUUGACCAAAAUUUUACAAGUUUAGAGUUGCAUCGUGUAUCCUACUGAGAAGGUCAUAUACGUUACUUUACAUGUCAUUUACGUUACCAUUUCCAAUCAGCAUAUAUUGUUUAAUUGCUUUAUCAAAUCAGAAUCAACUUUAUUGCGUUUAAUAUUUUGAUAUUGAUGGUAGUAAUUGAAUGUAGUUGUAUAUUUCAAGACGUUCUAAUUUUGUUUUGAGAAAAACUUAAAGGAAGAACAAUUUAAUAAUUUUGAAAACAUAGAUUCAACUCUUAAAUCAAACAAAAUUUGUGACAAUAUAAAGACGAGUCUACGGUGUUCUAUGAUGUUUAUAUUCAACAAAAUUCAUCUACUGCCACAAAAAUAAUAAAAGAAGGCGUAUUUUACUGGU